CGACUACCUCUUCAAGCUGCUCCUGAUCGGCGACUCUGGAGUGGGGAAGUCGUGCCUCCUGCUGCGCUUCGCGGACGACACCUACACGGAGAGCUACAUCAGCACCAUCGGGGUCGACUUCAAAAUCAGGACGGUCGAGCUCGAGUCCAAAGUGAUCAAGCUGCAGAUCUGGGACACCGCGGGCCAGGAGCGCUUCCGCACGAUCACCAGCAGCUACUACCGGGGCGCCCACGGCAUCAUUGUGGUGUACGAUGUGACCGACCAGGACAGCUUCAACAAUGUGAAGACCUGGCUGAACGAAAUUGACCGAUACGCCAGUGAGAAUGUAAACAAGCUGUUGGUGGGUAACAAGUCUGACCUCACCGCAAAGAAGGUUGUGGACUACCAAACAGCAAAGGCUUUUGCAGACGAACUCGGCAUUCCCUUCCUGGAAACAAGCGCAAAGAAUGCAUCUAAUGUUGAACAAGCAUUCAUGACUAUGGCUCAAGAGAUCAAGAACCG